AUGUCCCUCCGAUCUGUGUCUGCUCGGUCCCAGAUCUCGGGGGUGGCGCCGAGCAGAACACCUCGCUGGACCAGGCGUCGGGUGCGUGACCGGUGCGUUCGGUCGGUCUGGCGGAGUUCCCGCGACGUGAGCGGACCGGUCGAUCGAUGCAGGCCGUUUUCAACAGAGACCCAUGAGUUCAAGGCCGAGACCAAGAAGCUCUUAGACAUCGUCGCCAAGUCUCUCUACACAGACAAAGAGGUUUUCAUCAGAGAGUUGAUCUCCAACGCUUCGGAUGCUUGUGAAAAGCUUCGCUUCCUGCAGACGACGCAGCAGGUCAAGGACGUCAGCGACGCCGAGCGGCCGCUGCAAGUGACUCUUAGUGUGAAUGAGAGCGAGAGGAAGUUUGUGAUUGAAGAUUCCGGAAUUGGAAUGACCCAUGAUGAGCUGAUUGAGCAUCUGGGGACCAUUGCAAAGAGUGGCUCGUUGGACUUCCUCCAACGUGGCGAGUCCGAUGCCAGCAAGAUCAUUGGUCAGUUCGGAGUCGGCUUUUACUCCACCUUUGUUGUGGCAGACAAAGUCGAGGUCUACACCAAAACGGCGGACAAAGAAAAGGGUGAGAAAGGCUACCUUUGGACCUCCGAUGGUUCGGGGAGCUUCACCAUCACCGAAGUGGACGAGGUGCCCAGGGGAACGAAGAUCGAGUUAACGCUCAAGGACGACGCCACGGAGUUCUCGAAACUGGCGACGGUGAAGAAGGCAGCUCAAAAGUUUUCGUCCUUUAUCGAUUUUCCGAUUUAUGUCACAGAGGAAGGAGAGCCCAAGCCCAUCAAUAAGCAGGAGGCUCUUUGGAUGAAGAGCUCUGCAACGGAAGAGCAGCACCUUGAGUUCUUCCGCUUUCUGAGCGGGAACUCCUAUGGCAAGCCUUGGUACACAUUGAUGUACCAAACCGAUGCCCCUCUCUCCAUCAAAAGUUGCUUUUAUAUCCCGGAUCCUGACAACGCGCCAAGCCGUAUGUUCACCAAAGAUCCAGAAAUUGGUAUCUCUUUGCAUUCUCGACGGGUGAUGGUGAAGAAGCAUGCCGAUGGUGUGAUUCCAAAGUGGCUGCAUUGGAUGAAGGGCAUUGUCGAUUGUGAGGACAUGCCCAUGAACAUUAGUCGGGAGAGCAUGCAGGAUACACGCUUAAUGGAGAAGUUGAGCAUGGCUGUGGUGAGGCGGAUUCUGAGAUUUCUCCAACAGGAGGCAAAGAAGGAUCCUGAAAAAUAUCAGAAGUUCUUCAGAGGCUACUCUUACUUUCUGAAGGCUGGCCUCAUAGAAGACAAAGAGGGUAACUUCAGCCGCCACAAAGACGACUUGCUCAAACUGCUUCGCUUUGAGCUGGACACCCAGCUAGACUUGGACAAGCCUGAAGAACCUGAAGAUACCGACGCUUGGCACUGCCAAGCCACUGCAGACCUGUGCAAUCCUUCCGGGUCUAAGAUGCGCAAGGACAAGCGUGUUCUCACCGAAGAGGAACAAACACAGAUGCAGAAGUUCAUCAAAAGUGUCUUGAAGGAGAAGGUGGAGCAGUUGUACGACAACGCUUGCAUCGCUGCUGGCACAUUGGAUGAUCCACGCGUUUUGAUGUCCAGGCUAAACAAGGUUCUGGAGAUGUUUGUCUACCAGGGAGCUGGCUAUGACUAUGCGCGAGACCGUAGAGUCAAUGUGAGCACCGCAAGAAACCUUUCAAGAUGA